UCAUAAGAGUCUGCAGGGACACACUGGAAUUGCUUGAGCUGAAACUGAGCCAAGAAACUUUUGAGAGAAGCAAAAGCUUUCCUUGUCAAAUCUCGUACUUGUUGUUGCAAGUGUUCUAGGUUGAUUUUUUCUCUGAAUCUCUCUCUCUUACUGUGUUUAAAGUUCACUCAAUACUCUAACAAGGUGAAGGAGUGGGUUUAGCAGUCAUGUUCACUCAAGGACUCGGCAAUAAUGCCGUUCGCUGGGAGGAGGAGGUUUCGCGUUCAAGUUCAAAUGUAAGAUCCCGGAUUGAUCCCAUUUCCAAUAUCCGAAGUGGUACCCGAGGGUUCGGGUUACCCCCAACAUCAAAAUUCAGAAGCGGACACUUACCGUCCAACGUGAUCCCGGUGUCUACAACUGUGCCGAUUGAUGGCUACGACAGUGCGUCUGCUUCUGACAAUGACAUGUCCACUGAUUCCGAAGAGGAGGUCUACGGCAGAAGACAUUCUCUUGACUCUUCGCCGCAAGAUGAUAGAGUUCCUACUGGUGCAGCUCAUAGAUAUGGAAAUCCGGCACAAAGACACCCACGUUAUGCCAGUGACUAUACGUAUUCCGAUGUUAGUUCGUCAAUGGAAACGAUUGUUGGGGCUCAAGGGCAUUUGGCGGAGAGGUUGGGCCGGGCAAACGGGAGGUACCAAGCCAGGCUCAGUGGUUACACAGAGGAUGAAUCAUCGGAUUCGGCUGCUAGCUCUGAGUUUUCUACGACACAAAUUGGUAGCAUCAAUGGUGCUGUGCCUCGUAGCAGAGCAUAUAAUUCAGAGGGAUAUGCUUCAAGUGUGCCUUCGCGAGUCACUGUGGAUAGAGCUGCUGAGAAGGAUCAGCAGUUCAGAAACCUCCAGAGUGAAAAGUUUUCUUCUGACGAUGAAAACGAAGAUGAUGGUGUUCCAAGUGCACCUCCAUUUUCUGGUUCUGUUCAUGAAAUUAGACAAGGAACUGAUCAAAUUCCAAUAUCUGGAGUGCGUAAUACAACGGUUAUCCAGGACUCACAGAGCAUAGCAACCAAAGUGAAUGUGAAUACGCAGAAACCAACUCCUGAUGUUAAGGUAGAAGAUAAUGCUGGGAACAGAAAUUCUGGUCAGUUUGUUAGAACUAGUACUGGUGCUGAAGCUGGGGCAUCUUCAGGUUCACAUCCAGCUCGCAUCCCAACAUUUCAUGCAAGUGCUCUUGGGCCUUGGCAUGCUGUGAUCGCCUAUGAUGCGUGUGUUCGACUUUGCCUUCAUGCUUGGGCUAGGAGUUGCAUGGAAGCCCCUAUGUUUUUGGAAAAUGAAUGUGCUUUAUUACGUGAAGCAUUUGGGUUACAGCAAGUCCUACUGCAAUCGGAGGAAGAACUAAUGGCUAAACGCUCUUCAGAGGUUGCUAACGAAGGUGUUGCCACAAAACCUAAGAAAAUUGUUGGAAAGAUGAAAGUUCAAGUAAAACGUGUGAAGACAACCCUGGAUCCACCUACUGGCUGCAGCAUGUUAUCCUUAAGACCAGUGAUUAAGGUUGAAGCUAUCCAGCAUCACCUAUCCAAUUUGCAGUCGGCACUAUCUUAUAGAUGGCAAGCUCUGCGAAAAAUUCGUGCUCCACCCCGUAUACCUGCAAAAGCUUCCUUUUCACGUCAAGGCUUUGCAUAUGUGCAUGCAAGCACUCAUUACAUUAAACAAGUUUCAGGGCUUCUCAAAAUUGGCGUGACAAGUCUACGCAAUAGUUCAACAUCAUAUGAUGUUGUGCAAGAGACAUAUUCUUGUUUGUUAAGACUGAAAAGUUCUGCUGAAGAGGAUGCCAUAAGGAUGCAGCCUGGUUCUAGUGAAAGCCAUGUCUUCUUUCCUGAUAAUUUAGGAGAUGAUCUGAUUGUUGAAGUCCUGGAUUCAAAGGGGAAGCAUUUUGGCCGUGUUCUUGCUCAAGUGGCUACCAUUUCCGAAGACCCGGCUGAUAAGCUUCGAUGGUGGUCCAUUUAUCGUGAGCCAGAGCAUGAACUUGUGGGCAAGCUGCAGCUCUACAUAAACUAUUCAACAAGUUCUGAGGAUAAUAAUCAACUAAAGUGUGGUUCUGUGGCAGAAACAGUUGCAUAUGACUUGGUUCUAGAGGUUGCUAUGAAGAUUCAACGUUUUCAACAAAGGAACUUACUGUUACAUGGCUCGUGGAAAUGGCUUUUAACAGAAUUUGCCUCGUACUAUGGGGUUUCUGAUGUGUACACCAAGCUACGGUACCUGUCCUAUGUAAUGGACGUCGCCACACCUACGGCUGACUGCCUCACUUUGGUAUAUGACUUCUUAAUGCCUGUAAUUAUUAAAGGUGACAGCAAAAGUACAUUGAGUCAUCAAGAGAAUCGAAUACUUGGAGAAAUCAAAGAUCAGAUUGAACAGAUUCUUGCUCUAGUUUUUGAGAACUAUAAGUCACUUGAUGAAUCAUCGUUCACUGGCAUUAUGGAAAUUUUCAAGCCUGCAACUGGAGUUGCAGCACCAGCAUUAGCUCCUGCUGUUAAACUGUAUACUCUCCUUCAUGACAUAUUGUCUCCUGAGUCGCAAACUGCUCUGACCCAUUAUUUUCAGGCUGCAGCCAAAAAAAGAUCAAGGCGGCAUUUGGCUGAGACAGAUGAAUAUGUUGCCAAUAACAAUGAGCCUAAUUUCUUGGAUCCUGUUGCUGUAUCCACUGCUUACCAGAAAAUGACUGCCCUUUGCACAAAUAUCAAAAAUGAGAUUUUGACUGACAUUGAAAUCCAUAACAAAGAUAUACUUCCCAGUUUUUUAGACCUCCCAAAUUUGUCUGCUUCCAUAUAUAGCACGGAGCUUUGCAGCAGAUUGCGCGCUUUCCUUCUUGCAUGCCCACCAUCUGGUCCUUCCCCUCCUGUGGUAGAACUCAUUAUUGCAACAUCAGAUUUUCAGAGGGAAGUUGCCAACUGGAAAAUUAGUCCUAUCAAAGGUGGUGUUGAUGCAAAAGAGUUGUUCCAUUUGUAUAUCAUGCUAUGGAUUCAAGAUAAACGCAUUUCUUUGCUUGAGUCAUGUAAAUUAGAUAAGGUAAAAUGGUCAGGGGUUCGGACUCAACAUUCUACAACUCCUUUUGUUGAUGAAAUGUAUGACCGACUGAGAGAGACCUUGAACAACUAUGAAGUAAUCAUUUGCAGAUGGCCAGAAUACAUAUUUGUGCUCGAAAACGCUAUAGCAGAUGUGGAAAAAGCAAUCGUGGAAGCUCUGGAUAAACAAUAUGCAGAUGUCCUGUCACCAUUGAAGGAAAAUUUGGCACCAAAGAAAUUUGGAUUGAAAUAUGUCCAAAAGCUCACUAAACGAUCUGUGUCCUCCUAUGCAGUCCCUGAUGAGCUGGGAAUUCUAUUAAAUUCUUUGAAGAGGAUGCUUGAUGUCUUGCGUCCCAAGAUAGAAGCACGGUUCAAAUCCUGGGGUUCUUGCAUUCCUGAUGGAAGAAACCCUGUCCCUGGAGAGCGUCUCAGUGAAGUAACAGUAAUGCUCAGAGCCAAGUUCAGAAAUUACCUGCAAGCUGUUAUUGAGAAACUUGUGGAAAAUACUAAGUUACAGAGCUCAACAAAGUUGAAGAAGAUUCUUCAAGAUUCAAAAGAAAGUAUAGGGGAAUCUGAUAUACGGGGUAGGAUGCAAGCACUCAAAGAUCAGCUAACAAAUACAAUGAGUCACCUUCACACUGUGUGUGAGACUCAUGUCUUUAUAGCAAUCUGCCGAGGUUACUGGGAUCGAAUGGGACAGGAUGUCCUCAGUUUUCUGGAGAACAGGAAAGAGAACAGAUCCUGGUAUAAAGGUUCACGUAUUGCAAUUUCAAUUCUAGAUGAUACUUUUGCGUCACAAAUGCAACAGCUUAUCGGGAAUGCCUUACAAGAGAAAGACGUAGAGCCACCUAGAUCGAUUAUGGAAGUCCGUUCAAUGCUCUGCAAGGAUGGUCCCAAUCACAAGGACAACACAUACUAUUACUAGGCGUGGUAAAUUCUUGUACAUAAAAGAGUGAGAUAACUGUUUGCUGGAAAAAAAAGGAAAAGAAAAAAAUUAAACUUGGACGUUUUAAAACCUGGUGGUGGCAUGCUACAAAAAUGAAGGACUUCUGUACAGAGUAAUACUGGCCAGAGCUACCAAUUUUGUCUGAGGAACAACGUCAGCGCAGCAUCAACUUACUUUUCUAGUUCACGUAUCUGGUCUCCUGAGAAGUAUGUGUUUAUUACUUACCUCAAAUAAGUAGAUUUUGUAAGAGCAGAGAUUCAUUUAUUAUAUUUUCGAUCUGCUAAAUAUAAAAUUGAUAUAUCUACUUAUCUUCUUUGUUCCUAA